AUGUCGUCUUCUCGUCUUUCACCGGUCCCCCGCUCUCACUCGAGGGCGAGUAUCGCCGCCUCCGUCACAACCUACCACAGCUUCCAGGAUGUCGAUGUCUACGAGCCUUCGACAGAGGCCAGCUCGCCGACAACAGUGAACCCGUAUGUCGAUCCUGACCCGCCAACGCCGCCCUUGUUCUCCAAGGACGAGCCCGCGCCUCAGAUGCGCCGCCAGGACUCUGGCUACGAGUCUCUGACGCCUCGCAAGUCUCAGUCCCGGCGACGCACGUCCUCGACCCUGUCGUCGUCUUCACCGGCGUCCCGCCACCGGAAGCGGCCGUCGAUCCGCCGUGCUGCCCAGUCCGGCCCGGUGACACACCUGUCCCGGCCCGGCGCACAAGCCAUAUCUCUCACCCGAUCGCACCAGCCCCAUCCGCAUAGCAGCACGUUCUUCCACUUCCCCGUCCCUGGGCCAGCCACAAGGGCAAGCGUGGAUGGAACAGUGCUGGUGACGAGUACCGCACUGGCCGGCGAUCUGGACUACGGUUACAGUUACGAUGACGCUGAGCUCCCACCCGUCGAAGCACCGAGCCAUCCCACACCGCCGCCUCAGACGACGCACUACUGGACCAGCGACCGGACGCGCCGUCUUGAGUACGCCGCCAUCGACGCGGCGAGCCGCGGCGUUCGCGGCUGGGUCAUGCGCCAUAUGGUGCCCGAGUGCUUUGUCCCGCGGGAGCGGCGGCGUGUCGGCUUCGACGACGACGCGGGCAGUGUGAGGCGCUACCGGCUGGAGCUGGAGUGCGAGGAGUCCGCCGAGAAGGAGGGUUUUGGCAGCUGUAAUGGUGGCAAGGAAAAGAAGGUCUGGUGGAGCAUCUGGAAGUCGAAAUGA